CAAAAAUGGAUUUAGAAAAGACAGUGAAAACGUGUUAUGAAACUUACAAAAUAUUCGAAGAUGUGUUGAACUCAUAUGUGUCAGAUUACUACCUAGAAGAACACUGGUCAAAAUUACCAAGUUCAUGGCAGCAAUAUUUCAUUGAUAUUGAUAUGAAACAGUUCAGCAACUUGUUAGAUUUUGAUGUACCACUGGAGGUGACACCAAAAUUACUUCCCUUGUCUGUACUGUGCUUACGAAAGUUGAUUUCUAACAAUGUUCUACCAAGGACACAAAUUGGGAAAUUUGAUUCAAAGGACAUAGUGGAUGUUCCUCAAUUUUUUUGGAAAAAUGUGAAGUUGAAGAAAAAGCAUGAAAUAUCUAUAAUGGCUCAGGCAUGCUACAAUUCUGCUGUAGAGACUAAUUGUUUCAAUAUUGUGGAUAUUGGUUCUGGCCUGGGACAUCUCAGUAGAUUGAUGUCUUACCAGUAUGGUUUCAAAGUAUGUACUUUUGAGGCUGAUGAAGCUCUUUCAAGUUCAGCUGAAGAAUUGGACAGAAAAUUAGAGAAAAUGCUGCAUAAAAGAGGAAUGAACCUGGGGAGAAAAUUUGACACCACCCAUAUAAAUCAAAUGAUAUCUGCUGAAUUAGGAACAUAUAAUUUUAUUAAGCUAGUUAAGAAUGCUUUUGGAUAUCAACAUGACAUGAAAUUUGGCUUAGUAGGUUUACAUCCCUGUGGAGAUCUUGGCUCCACACUUCUACAUCUCUAUAAAGAAUGUCCAAAUAUAGUUUUCCUUAAUAUGGCUAGCUGUUGUUAUAUGAAACUGACUUUAGAACCAUCUGCACAAGCUGGUUUUCCUCUCAGUUCUUACUGUGAAAACAUGAAUAUCAGGUUGUCUUACCUGUCUUGUGAAAUUGCAUGUCAUGCUAUUGAAAAUUAUGUGGAGAAAUUGAAAAAUCCUGUAGAUUCUUCUGAGUUGAAGAUUCAUGCUUACAGAGCUGGACUUGAACAGCUUUUGGUAAACAAUGAUCCACAAUUGAGACAUUCUAAGAUAUGUAGUGCUAAAUACAAGGAAGGUUUGAGUUUUCAGGCAUAUGUGAAAAAAGUUACUGAAAAUUUGGGUGUAUCACUUGAUGAUAGUAUUAUUACUGAUUCUGAGGAUAUGAUUGAAGGAACUUGGGAAAAGGUUGUUGCAUUUUAUUCUCUUCGUUUGUUUCUAGCACCACUGGUUGAGACAAUAAUUUUGUUAGAUAGGUUUUUGUAUCUAAAUGAAUGUAGUAGUGAAUGUGAUAUCUUACCUUUGUUUGAUUGCAGAAUAUCACCUAGGAAUCAAGUGCUAAUCGCAAGAAAAAUAAAUAAUAGUUGACUAACACAGUGUUGAUUAUUUUCCUCAUUAGUAAAUUUAAAUAACAUUUAAAUUCAAAUUCCG